ACCGUCGAAGGAGUCAUCGCUUCACGCCAACGUUACCUGCCAGUGAUCAUUUUAAGUUGAUGAAGAUAGUUUCGGUGGGUUUGAAGUUGAAACUUUUUAUGGAUCUCGCAGUUAACCGUUGCUCUGUCUGUCAGCGUAAAAACCGGAAGGGGAGGAACUUUUCUGGCAUUUCGCUCUUCCGUCUCUCGCCGAUUUCCUAACUCUAAUCCGGCGAUUACGCUUUCUGGGACUCGGUGGACCAAGGGGACCCGAACAUGUAUCGGUAUUUGGCACAGUUUGGGAGACGGGGAGCGAGCAGUGUCCUGGCCGCUGAGUCCGCGCUGCCGGCGAGCGCGUCUCUACCGCGGCUCCGCGGCUACAGUCAGGCCGUGGACCAGGACGACGACCCCAACUUCUUCACCAUGGUGGAAGGCUUCUUCGACCGCGGCGCCGAGAUCGUGGAGGACAAGCUGGUGGAGAACCUGAAGACCCGGGAGGACCCCGAGCAGAAACGGAAGCGGGUCCGCGGGAUCUUGCGGAUCAUCAAACCGUGUAACCACGUCCUGAGUGUCAGCUUCCCGAUCCGGAGGGACAACGGCGAGUGGGAGGUGAUCGACGGCUACCGGGCCCAGCACAGCCAGCACCGAACCCCGUGUAAGGGAGGAAUCCGUUACAGCACAGACGUGUCUAUGGACGAGGUCAAAGCCCUGGCGUCGCUGAUGACCUACAAAUGUGCCGUCGUAGAUGUGCCGUUUGGUGGAGCCAAAGCUGGAGUCAAAAUCAACCCGAAAAAAUACUCUGACACUGAGCUGGAGAAAAUCACCAGGAGGUUCACCAUCGAGCUUUCUAAGAAAGGCUUCAUCGGACCUGGGAUUGAUGUUCCGGCUCCGGACAUGAGCACCGGUGAGAGGGAGAUGUCCUGGAUUGCCGACACCUUCGCCACGACCAUGGGACACUAUGACAUCAACGCUCACGCCUGCGUCACCGGAAAACCCAUCAGUCAGGGAGGAAUCCACGGUCGGAUCUCGGCCACAGGUCGAGGGGUUUUUCAUGGCAUUGAGAACUUCAUCAACGAAGCAGCCUAUAUGAGCCAGCUGGGCAUGUAUCCCGGCUUCCAGGACAAGACCUUCAUCAUCCAGGGUUUUGGUAACGUCGGUCUGCACACCAUGCGAUACCUCCAUCGUUUUGGAGCCAAAUGUGUUGGAGUUGGAGAACUGGACGGAAACAUCUGGAACCCCAGAGGCAUUGAUCCGAAAGAGCUGGAGAACUACAAACUGGCCAACGGCACAAUUGUCGGCUUCCCGGACUCGACACCAUACGAAGAUAACAUCCUUGAGGCUGAAUGCGACAUCUUGAUUCCUGCCGCCAGCGAGAAACAGCUGACAAAGAACAACGCCCACAAGAUCAAAGCCAAGAUCGUGGCGGAGGGCGCUAAUGGUCCGACCACGCCGGAAGCCGACCGCAUUUUCCUGGAGCGAAACAUCAUGGUGAUUCCGGACUUGUACUUGAACGCCGGCGGUGUGACGGUGUCCUACUUCGAGUGGUUGAAGAACUUGAAUCAUGUCAGUUAUGGACGGCUCACCUUCAAAUACGAGCGGGAUUCAAACUACCACCUGCUGAUGUCGGUGCAGGAGAGUUUGGAGAGCAAAUUUGGCAAACACGGCGGUGCCAUUCCCAUCGUCCCCACCUCAGAGUUCCAGGCCAGAAUCGCUGGAGCAUCUGAGAAAGACAUCGUCCACUCAGGACUGGCCUUCACCAUGGAGCGCUCUGCCCGGCAAAUCAUGAGAACUGCGAGCAAGUACAAUCUGGGUUUGGACCUGCGGACGGCGGCGUACGUUAACGCCAUUGAGAAGGUGUUCAAGGUUUACAGCGAGGCCGGCCUCAUCUUCACAUAGAUGCCUCAGCGCCCUCUGUCUGUCUGUCUGUCUGUCUGUGUCUGGGUGCAGGAUUUCCUCAGUGUAAAUUUACUGUAAUAUUCACAUCCUCUUGGUGUUUUUGCUGUAAACGCUCUUUGGCGCCGUUGUCUUUGCGGUUUUCCACACGUCUCCUGAGAAAAUAAAAUCCAAAAUGAUGCAGUCAGAAGCUUUAAUACGUGAACAAACGCGCCGAGCCGCUUCUUCUGUCAGCAAAAUGGGCGGGGCUAGACGUUUGUUGAGGUCAUACAGCAGCUGCUGAAGGUCACAUUAAUAUUUAGUAAAACGGUGCUUUUUAAAACCAAAGGAAAAGUAAUAUUCACAAGACAAUCAAAAUUAAAUAAGCAUGCAAUGUUGUGCAAAAAUCUUAGGCACACCGAAGCUCAUUUCAUAUAUAAUCUAUAAAAAGCUGCUAAAUGUCUUAUUACCAGUGCCUUAAUUAAAAUGUGCAGAAAAUAAUUCACCUUGUUUCCUGAUCAGGAAAUCAGUUUGAAUUGAAUCAUUUUAUUAUUGUCUGAUCAGAAACUGUUCAUAUUGUUGCGUUCUGAUAUUUCACCUAAAAACAAAACAAGUAUUUUACUUUUAAAGAAGCUUUUUCAUUUUGUUCAUUAGAUUGUUUAAUGAAAAAAAAAAUCUUUACAAUAUUUAACAAAAAGAAAAUCACUCAGAUUAGUUUAUUUCUCAACUUCUUCAAAGAUUUUGACCAAUCAUGUCUCAGACAGCGAAAAACCUGUUUAAAUUUUUGUUUUGACGUGUUAAAGCUGAUAAAAUGGUGGGGGGGGGGGGGGGGUACUGUUACCAAACGUCAGUGGCGCCUAAAACUUUUGCACACUUGAAGCGGACGAUGCAACAACGUUAAAACUGAACGUCUCUUAGUUUCUUUAAAUCAGUCAUGCACAAAAGCAAAGAUGUAGUCGUUAACGGGAGUGAGUGUGGAGUAAGAUUUGUUUUCACGUUAGCAUUUUGCCAAAAUAUUGUUUAUUUUCAUGUUUAAUAAAAAUGCAGCUGCUUGUUUUUGUUUUUGAUGCUUUAUUUCAUGUUUGGACACAAACAUUUUGAAAAUUUACAUUUGCUUUCGAAGUUUCUGUUAAAAUUGGGAGAGUUGCUAUAUCGCCCCCUGGUGUGGAUCCCUGUGAUUCGACGGCUCACAGGGAUCCACACCAGGGGGCGAUAUAGCAACUCCAACAGUAAUGAUGUCCACUCAUCAAUGCGUUUGUUCGAGGCACUAAAGUUGUUGCUGCCCCGUUUGACUCGACAUAAAGAUGUAGCAGAAAAAUUGAACUGCUAACUGGUCUGUUAGUUUUCGAGGUCUGUUUCCAGCUGAAAUAUCUUAAACUCUUUGGGUGCCAUCAGCGGCUGGAAAAUCUCUCUCAUGUCAGUUUGUUGGUUCUUUAAGCGUCCAAUCUUUUGUCCCGUUUCUAAUUGCUGAGAUGUCACAGACAGUCCUCCAUGAAAAAGAAAGUGCCCUCGGAGGCAGUGGGAUGCGCAGGGAUGCUAACAUUCAGUUUCAUUGGCGAUGACGCUGUCUGUAUUUAUGCUAUCAUUUGUUUUUAAAAAAAUGUCACAAAAUGAUCAUUUUCGUGGAUUCCAAAAAUACUUUUUCAUGUUGGGUGUUUUGACCAAAUGGCCCAAAAUUUAGAAAUAUUUUAGUCGAUCCCAACUUUAAUUAAUUUAAAACCAGUUUAACUGAUUUUAAAAAUGUUUUGAUGAUGGGUGGUAACAUUAAUAGCAAUAAUAAUAAUUAUUACUAUUUAUAGAGGACUUUAUUAGAAAUCAAAGCACUAAACAAAACAAACUAAUAAUAAAAGAAUGAAUGGCAAAAAUAACAAAAAGUCCACUACAACACUGCAUAAAAAUCCCAUAUUAGAGCUGAAAAUACAGAAAAAAGGUGACUUCUACUGUAUUAUCCAGAGUGUAAGUCAUGCCUUUUUUCAUUAUUAUUAUUAUUAUUAUUAUUUGCAUUUGCAUUAAAAAGUAUUUUUGGCAUUUUUGUUGUUUUAGUAGUUUGUUUGGUUCAGUACUUCGAUUUCUGGGAAAGUCUGAUAUAAAUGUUUUGGGGUUUUUUUGUUUGUUUUUUUGCCGUUCUGCACUGUGCGCUUCUGAGCAACAAACGGCUCUUCAGUCACAGAUGAUGCAGUUUGCCGCUCGUGUCACAGGUGUCGCAGAGACUUUGUUCGUGUGUCUCUUUCAUGCACGUACACUCAUUUUUGGAGGGCGGCUCUGGAUUUGUCGCCGUGGUUUAGAAUCUCAUUAUCUCUCAUCGUCAGCGGAUUAAAGACAUUGAAGGUGUCAGUUUAGUGCCUUAUUAAACAUUCAGACAGGAUGUUGGUUCAACACUUUAAAAUGUUUUGUUCUGGACUUAAAACUGUUAAGAAGUGGAUUUUCUCAAAGCAGAAAAGGAGCAAAACCAGUUUACUUCAAAUGUAAUCAAUUUAAGUGGAUUUUAAAUCUGUUGUUGGAUUGGAGUUUAAAACUGGUUUAAAACACAUGAUAGAGGAGUUCGGAACUAGAUCAAAGCCAGUUUAAGAUCACGGGUCGUGUUCUGACCGGAUUUCAAAAGAUCGGCAUCAGGAUGGCUCAGCCUUCUGAUGUUUAAUCUUUGACCUUACAGAUGUGGGUACUCUGAGUGCACUUCCAGUUCCUGAUCAGAGGUCUAAAAAGAGGUUUUAAAAAAAAAAAUAAAAUCACUGAUGUCAUUGAUCAGUGAUCAGUAAGAUGUUCAGUGUUAUAAACAAGUCAAACUGUUUCCUGAGCUGUAAAACAUCAUUUGAAUUGUAAAAGGUAUUCUCAGAGAAUGUGAGGAGAAAAAAUUCUUUCUAUAUGCUUUUUUCUUGAGAUUAAAAAUGUUCAAGCCAAAUAAAGUACAGAAAAUAAAAUCACAUUUUCAUGAA